AUGGGGCAACUGAGCGACGUUCAUGGCAGCCAGCCAGACUUGAACAUGCCCUCAUUCACUACGGAGGCGGAGAUCUCGGAGCAUCUCUACCUCGAAGUCGGCCAGCGCCUCGGCCUGGCCCGCGAGGCCAUCGAGACCAUCCUGCCAUGCAAGCCCCUGCAGCGCGACGUGCUCGACAGCGCCGUCCCGGACGCGCACAAGGCCGUCGGCCACGCCGUGUACCGCGUCCCCGCCGACGUCGACGUCCCGCGGCUGGUCGCUGCCUGGCGGGAGACCGCAAGACGCACCGCGGCCUUGCGCGCCUGCGCGCUCACCUCGCAGGACGGGGUGCCCGUGCAGGUGGUGCUCAAGGAAUCCUUCGUCUUCUCGCGCGCGUGCUACUGGGCGUCAUCGCCGGACCCCGAGGCGGCCGUAGUGCGGGACGAGGCUGCCGCGGCGGUGGCCGGUCCGCGCUGCAACAGGCUCGUUCUCGUGGAGGGCGCCCCGGGGCAGCGGCAGCUGCUCGUCUGGACGUUCAGCCGCGCUCUCGUGGACGCGCCGCUUCGGGCCCGUGUCCUUCGCCGUGUCGCUGCAGCCUACAAGGAGGGAGACGCCCAGCGGUCGUUUAGCCUGCCGGCGACGCCCGAGUCGCCGCGGAGCAGGCACUCGCAAGAGGACCUCACCGCGGCCAGGAUCCCACAGGCUCCGGACGCGGAGCGCGCGAAGCGGUUCUGGCACGACGAGCUGCGCGGCCUGGACGCCCCCGUGUUCCCUCACCUAUCCUCCUCCCACCUGAGCGCGCCCGACGCCAACGCGCGGGCCGAGCAUCGCAUCUCCUACCCGGCUGACGUGCAGCGCAGGUGGUCCGACACCACCGUGUGCCGGGCGGCGCUGGCGAUCCUGCUGUCGCGCUACACGCACUUGUCCGAGGCGCUGUUCGGCGUCGUGACGGAGCAGUCGCGCGUCUUCGAGGAGCGGCGGCUUCUCAUCGACGGGCCGACCCGGACGGUGGUGCCGUUCCGCGUGGGCUGCGCGGCGGACCGGACCGCGUCGGAGUUCAUGGACGCGGUCGCGGCGUGCGAUCGCGACGUGCGUCAGUUCGCGCACGUCGGUCUCGGAAACAUAGGCCGCAUCGGCGAGGAUCAGUCGGCUGCUUGCGGGUUCCAGACGGUGCUCCUGGUCACCGAUGGCCACGCCCAAGAAGAGGCCGAGGACCAGCUUCACGAGCUCGUGGAGGCGUCGGGCGGCUUCGCGCCGUGCGAGAACCGUGCUCUUCUGCUGCGCUGCGAGACAACUAGCGAGGACGCACUCUUGGUCGCAAAAUACGAUCAGAGUGUCAUCGAGCCCCUUCAAAUGACUCGCUUCCUACGACAGCUUGCAGGCUUGAUCAAUCAGCUGCAGAGCGCAAGCAGCGACACUCUGUGCCUGGGACUGCUCGACACGGUGACGCCGGAAGACCGGGUAGAGAUUGAGAGUUGGAACUCCGAGCCCCUGCAGACUCAGGACAUCCUGGUUCACAGCAAGAUACUGGGCUGGGCUGCCGAGACGCCCAGCAGCCCGGCCGUCUCUGCGUGGGAUGGCGAGUGGACCUAUUCCGAGCUGGACGAGGUGUCCUCGCGGUUAGCAGCGCACAUCAGAUCCCUCAACUCCGGCCCAGGGCAGCUUAUCGUGCCCGUCUACUUUGAAAAGUCCAAGUGGAUGGUCGCCUCCAUCCUGGCGGUGCUCAAGGCCGGCCACGCAUUCACCCUCAUCGACCCCAAGGAUCCUCCCGCCCGGACCGCCCAGAUCGUGCAGCAGACCUCCGCCACGAUCGCCCUCACGUCCAAGCUGCACCGGAGCACCGUCCAAGCCAUCCUCGGCGACGGCCACGUUAUCGUGGUCGACGACGACCUCCUCCAGUCUCUACCCCGGAACCUGCCAGAGUCCACGCCGCCACCCAAGCCGGACGACCUCGCCUACGUCAUCUUCACCUCCGGCAGCACCGGCAACCCCAAGGGCAUCAUGAUCGAGCACCGCGCCUUCGCCUCGUGCGUCGCCCGGUUCGGCCCCGCGCUCGGCAUCCACACCCGCACGCGCACCCUCCAAUUCGCCGCCCACGGCUUCGGCGCCUGCCUCCUCGAGACGCUCACCCCGCUGACCCUCGGCGGCUGCGUCUGCGUGCCCUCCGACCACGAGCGCCUGCACGCGCUCCCGGACUUUUCCCGGCGCGCCGGGGUCGACUGGCUGAUGGCCACGCCGUCGUACGCGACCACGCUGAAACCCGAGGACGUGCCCGGCCUGCGCACGCUGGUCCUCGUGGGCGAGCAGAUGUCCGCCGCGGUCAACGACGUCUGGGCACCGCGGGUGCGGCUGCUCGAUGGGUACGGCCAGGGCGAGAGCUCCUCCAUCUGUUUCGUCGGCGCCAUCGGGUCCGACCCGGAUAACAUGGGGCGGCCGGUCGGCGCGCACGCCUGGAUCGCGGACCCGGAGGACCCAGAUCGUCUGGCGCCGAUCGGCGCGGUGGGCGAGCUGCUGAUUGAGAGUCCCGGCGUGGCACGUGGGUACAUCGCAGCGCCGGCGGGCGACGCGGUGCCGUUCCUGGAGGAGCCGCCGAAGUGGUACGCCCCGAGGGAGAUGCCGCGCGGCGUCAAGUUUUACCGCACGGGCGACUUGGCGCGCUACGCGGCGGACGGCACGGUGGUGUGCCUGGGCCGCGUGGACUCGCAGGUCAAGAUCCGCGGGCAGCGCGUGGAGAUAAGCGCGGUGGAAACGAGGCUGCGGCAGCACCUGCCCGGCGACGUGACCGUGGUUGCCGAGGCCGUCAAGCGCUCCGACGCGGCCGGCAGCACGGUCAUCACGGCCUUUUUGAUGAGCCCGUCGAUGAUGGAGAGGAACGGUGCCGAUGUCAAGGCCGCCGAGGGGGACGACGCCGCGCUCAUCCUCGGUCGAGAUGCGGUCCGAGACGUGGAUGAUAAGCUGCGGCAGGUCCUCCCUCCGCACUCGGUUCCGACAUGCUACGUAUGCAUGAAUGCGCUCCCGCGGACAGCCACGGGAAAGGUCGACCGGAGGAGGCUCCGGUCCAUCGGCAGCAAUCUGCUAGCGGAGCGGGCCCGAGGAGCAUCCUCCCAGGCCCAGCCCAGUCGGGAUGUCGCUCCCGUAGCAGCCGGGUCGGAGUCCAAGCUCAAGGAUGUCUGGAUGCAAAUCUUCAGCCUCGGAUCCGACUCCCUGAACGCUGGCGCGAGCUUCUUCGAGCUCGGCGGCGACUCCAUCACCGCGAUCAAGAUGGUCAACAUGGCGAGGGCGGCAGGGAUCGAGCUCAAAAUCUCUGACAUUUUCCAAAACCCCACGCUCGCCCGCCUGCAAGACGCGCUCGGUCACGGCUCGACGCGCUUUGCCGGCAUCCCGGCGUCGGCCUGGAGCGGGCCGGUCGAGCAGUCCUACUCGCAAGGCCGGCUCUGGUUCCUCGACCAGCUGGACAUGGGCGCCGUGUGGUACCUGAUCCCGUACGCCGUCCGCAUGCGGGGCCCGCUGCAGAUCGACGCGCUCCAACGCGCCCUGCUGGCUCUGGAGCGCCGUCACGAGACCCUGCGAACGACCUUUGAGAACCAAGACGGCGUCGGGGUGCAGAUCGUCCACGAGAAGCUCGCCAAGGAGCUGAGGAUCAUCAACUUGUUAGACAGGGAUGAAGACUACGUCGAGGCCCUGCAGCGGGAGCAGACCACCCCCUUCGACUUGACGUCCGAGGCCGGGUGGAGGGCCUCGCUGAUCUGCCUGGGCGACGACGAGCACGUGCUCUCCAUCGUGAUGCACCACAUCGUCUCGGACGGUUGGUCCAUCGACGUGCUGCGCCGCGAGCUGGGUCUACUUUACGCCGCCGCCCUCCGCGGGCAGGACCCGACCUCCGCCCUCCCCCCGAUGCCGAUCCAGUACCGGGACUUCUCCGCGUGGCAGCGUCGCGACGCCCAGGCCGCCGAGCACGAGCGCCAGCUAAUCUACUGGCGCGCCCAGCUCGCCGACUGUUCCCCCGCCCGACUCCCCGCCGACUUUGCCCGCCCGGCGCUUCUCUCCGGCUCCGCCGGCGUCGUGCCCGUCUCCGUCACCGGCACGCUCUUUCAGCAGCUGCGGACGUUUUGCCACGCGCUCGACGCCACGCCGUUCGUCGUGCUGCUCGCCGCGUUCCGCGCCGCGCACUACCGCCUCACCGGCGCCGAGGACGCGGUGGUCGGCACGCCGAUCGCGAACCGCAACCGACCGGAGCUCGAGGGCCUGAUCGGCUUCUUCGUCAACACGCAGUGCAUGCGCAUCGCCGUCGACGGCGAUGGGGACACCUUCGAGGGGCUGGUGCGCCGGGUCAAGGACACGGCGACGGCCGCGUUCGAGCACGAGGACGUCCCGUUCGAGCGCGUCGUGUCGGCCAUGAUGCCGUCGGGGUCGCGGGACCUGUCACAGAACCCGCUGGCGCAGCUCAUCUUCGCCGUGCACUCGCAGCGGGACCUCGGCCGGUUCGAGCUCGAGGGCCUGGAGUCGGAGCCCGUGGCAAGCAAGGCGUACACCCGCUUCGACGCCGAGUUUCACCUGUUCCACGCGCCGGACGGACUGACGGGCUACCUCAACUACGCGCCUGAGCUGUUCCGGCCCGAGACGAUGCGGAACGUCGUGGACGUCUUCUUCCAGAUCCUCCGCCACGGGUUGGACCGCCCGCAGACGCGCAUCGCGGUGCUGCCGCUCGCGGACGGGGUGGAGGAGCUCGACAGGCUGGGGCUCGUCGAGAUCGACCGGGUCGCGUACCAGCGGGACGCCAGCAUGGUGGACAUCUUCCGCGCCCAGGCUUCGGCCUCUCCGGAUGCCGUGGCGGUCGUCGAUGCGGCGGAGCGCUUGACGUACGCCGAGCUCGACCGCCGGUCCGACCUGCUCGAGACGUGGCUCCGCCGACGAGGCUUGCCCGCCGAGGCUCUGGUCGGCGUGCUAUCUCCGCGGUCGUGCGAGACUGUCGUCGCCUUCCUCGGCAUCCUCAAGGCGAACCUGGCAUAUCUCCCGCUUGACGUCAAGUCUCCUAUCGCGCGCAUGAGGGACAUCUUAUCAACGCUGCCAGAAAACGCAAUCGUCUUGCUUGGCUCCGACGUGGCCGCUCCCGAGUUUGGACUGCCUGGCUUGCGGCUUGCUCGCAUCUCCGAUGCCUUGGAGCAUUCCCCCACCGCGAAUGAGACUGAUGGAAAUGAAGUGGACCAUACGUCAAAGCCCUCGGCGACAAGCCUCGCGUACGUGCUAUACACGUCUGGGUCAACGGGCCGGCCAAAGGGAGUCAUGGUAGAACACCGCUCCAUUGUACGGCUUGUGAGACGGGACGUCAUACCAAACUUUCCGCCGCCUCAAGGCGCCGUCAUGGCCCAUUUGUUCAAUACCGUCUUCGACGGUGCUACCUAUGAGAUCUUUCUCAUGCUCCUCAACGGCGGAACCCUAGUCUGCGUUGACUACAUGACCACCCUAAGUCCCCAAGCGCUCACCGCCGUGUUCGCCAAGGAACGCGUCAACUCUGCCAUCAUGACGCCCGCACUGCUCAAACUGUACCUCGCCGACGCCCGCGAUGCCCUCAGGGGACUCGACAUGCUCAUGGUCGCCGGCGACAGGUUCGAUCCGCAGGACGCGACCGACGCGCAGAACCUCGUCCGCGGCCAGUGCUACAACGCCUACGGCCCGACCGAGAACGGCGUGAUGAGCACCCUCUACGCCGUCGACACCGCCGACUCCUUCAUCAACGGCGUGCCCCUCGGCCGCGCCAUCAGCAACUCCGGCGCGUACAUCACCGACCCGGACCAGCAGCUCGUCGGCCCGGGCAUCAUGGGCGAGCUCGUCGUCACCGGCGACGGCCUCGCCCGCGGCUACACCGACCCGGCCCUCGACGAGGACCGCUUCGUCCAGCUGACCGUCAACGGCCAGACCGUGAAGGCGUACCGCACCGGCGACCGGAUGCGCUACCGUGUCGGCGGCGAGGGCGUCAUCGAGUUCUUCGGCCGCAUGGACUUUCAGUUCAAGAUUCGCGGCAACCGCAUCGAGUCCGCCGAGGUCGAGGCCGCCAUGCUCAGCCACCCGCUGGUGCGCGACGCCGCCGCCGUGCUCCGCGUCGAGGAGCAGCAGCAGCCGGAACUCAUCGGCUUCGUCGUCGCCGAUGAGGCGGACAGCGCCGUGGAGCGCGCCGCCACCGACGCAGACCAGGUGGAGCAGUGGCAGGACCUGAUCGAGGGCACCCAGUACGCCGACAUCGCCGCGCUCGACCCGGCCGCCGUCGGCCGCGACUUCACCGGCUGGACCUCCAUGUACGACGGCAGCGACAUUGACCGCGGCGAGAUGCGCGAGUGGCUCGCCGACACCAUCGCCACGCUCCGCGACGGCGACCGCGCGCCGCCGCACGUGCUCGAGAUCGGCACCGGCACCGGCAUGAUGCUGUUCAACCUCGGCGACGGCGUGCAGAGCUACGUCGGCCUCGAGCCCACCCCGUCGGCCGCCGCGUUCGUCAACCGCGCCAUCCAGGCCACGCCCGCGCUCGCCGGCAAGGCGCGCGUGCACCUCGGCACCGCCGCCGACGUGCACCGGCUCGCCGGCCCGCCGCGCCCGGACACGCUGGUGGUGCUCAACUCGGUCGUCCAGUACUUCCCGUCCGUCGAGUACCUGGGGGGGGUCGUGGACGCGCUGCUGCAACUCCCCGGCGUCCAACGCAUCUUCUUCGGCGACGUGCGCUCGCAGGCGACCAACCGGCAGUUCCUGGCGGCCCGCGCCGUCCACGCUCUAGGCCGCGAUGCGACGAGGGAGGGGGUGCGCGGGCAGAUGGAGGCGCAGGAGGAGCGAGAGGAUGAGCUGCUGGUGGAGCCGGCCUUCUUCACGGGCCUGGCGGCGCGCCGGCCCGAUCGCGUCCGGCACGUCGAGGUGCUGCCCAAGAACAUGCGCGCGACCAACGAGCUGAGCGCCUACCGGUACGCCGCGGUGGUGCACCUCGUCGACGACGCCGACGCGGAGACGCGGCCGGUGCACCCGAUCGCCGCGGACGACUGGGUCGACUUCCAGGCCUCCCAGAUGCACAGGGACGCGCUGCGCGAGUACCUACGACUCGCGGACGGUGACGCCGCCACCGUCGCUGUUGCCAACAUUCCCUACAGCAAGACCAUCGUCGAGCGGCUGGUCGUCGAGUCCCUCGACGACGAAGACGCCACCACCUCCCUUGAUGGCGCCGCCUGGAUCUCCGCCGUCCGCGCCGACGCCAAGAGUCGCGCCAGUCUCUCCAUGCCGGACCUCGCGCAGCUCGCCGAGGAGUGCGGCUUCCGAGUGCAAGUGAGCGCCGCCCGACAGUGGUCCCAGAGCGGCGCGCUGGACGCCGUCUUCCACCGGCUCCCGGCCGCCGCCGCCGCCGCCUGCCGCACGCUCUUCCAGUUCCCGACCGACGACGCGGCGCUGCUCGAGCGCGUGCGCGGCCUUGUGCCCUCGUACAUGGUCCCUGCGCACCUCGUGGCGCUGGAGCGGAUGCCGCUCAACGCCAACGGCAAGGUGGACCGCAAGGAGCUGGCGCGCCGGGCCCAAGCCGUCCAGAAGAGCAGGGCGACCAAGAUCAGCAAGCCGGCACCGGUGGAGGCGCCGCUCCCGCUCAGCGACGUCGAGGCGGUGCUGUGCGAGGAGGCGACGGCGACGUUUGGUAUGGAGGUCGGCGUGGGCGACCACUUCUUCAAGAUUGGUGGGCACUCGCUGCUCGCGACGCGGCUGAUCGCGCGCGUCGGCGACCGGCUCCGGGCCCGGCUGACGGUCAAGGACGUGUUUGACCACCCAGUGCUGUCGGACCUCGCGGCGGUCAUCCAGCAGGGGCUGGCCGCGCGCGCGACGGUGGCAGCGGCGGCUGACGGUGACGGGCCGGCGAGGGGAGGGGCGGGGACGGCCCCGCGGACGGACAUGGAGAGGAUGCUGUGCGAGGAGUUUGCGCACGUCCUCGGGGUGGACGAUGUCGGCAUCACAGACAACUUCUUCGACCUCGGCGGGCACUCGCUCAUGGCUACCAAGCUGGCGGCGCGCAUCGGUCACCGGCUGGACACUACGAUCUCGGUCAAGGACGUCUUUAGUCACCCGCUGCUGUUUGAGCUCGCGACUAAGCUCGAGCUGGCCGGGUCAAAGAGCUACGAGGCGAGCGACGACAUACAGAUGGCAGACUACGUCGCAUUUCAACUUCUUUCUGUGGAAGAUGUACAGGGCUUUAUCCGUGAUGAGAUUCGCCCUCGGCUCGGGUUCGCGCACGGCACCAUUCAGGACGUCUAUCCGGCCACGUACUUGCAAAAGACGUUCCUCUGCGAUACCGCCACCGGGGUCCCUAAGCCGCUUGUGCCGUUCUACAUUGACUUCCCGCCCGGUUCCGAUCCCGCUACUCUGGUCCAGGCAUGCUCCUCUCUCGUCGAGCGCUUCGAUCUGUUCAGGACAGUGUUUGUCGAGGUUUCGGGCGAAUUCUACCAAGUCGUCCUAGACCAUCUAGAAGUGCCGAUUAACAUCAUCGAGACGGCGGAAAACGUGCACACGGCGACCAGCGACUUGGUGGACAAGCUCGCCGAGGAGCCGGUUCUUCUCGGCCAGCGGAUGAUGCACGCCACCAUCCUCAAGCACGCUUCUUCGUCGAGGGUGCGCCUCCUGCUGUGGCUCUCGCACGCGCUGUACGACGGCCUGAGCCUGGAGCACAUCGUGCGAGACCUGCACAUGCUCUACCAGGGCCAACGUCUGCCGGUCCCGACGCAGUUCUCGCGGUACAUGCAAUACGUCGCGCAGACCCGGGCGGACGGUCGCGACUUUUGGCGGGACGUCAUACAAAAGACGCCCAUAACUGUCCUCGGCGAUGCCGAGCGCCCCAAAGAGCUACCGUCAGCCGGCACAGCCAGGACGCUGCACGCGGGCAAGAUAAUCAGCCUGCCUCCGCAGGCGGUCCGCAACCGCAGCAGUAUCACGCAGGCAACUGUCUUCAACGCGGCGUGUGCACUGGUGCUUUCCCGGGAGAGCGGCGGCUCCGCGGACGUCGUGUUUAGCCGCAUCGUGUCUGGGCGGCAGGGCCUGCCGGUGGCCUGGCAGGGCAUGGUCGGACUGUGCACCAACGCGGUGCCCGUACACGCGCGGGUGGACGACGGGGGGCAGCAGAUGCUCCGCGACCUGCAAGACCAGUACCUGCUGAGCCUGCCGUUUGAGACGUUGGGUUUCGACGAGGUGAAGCGCACCGAUUGCGCAGACUGGCCCGCGACAGCGAACAGCGACAACUACCCAUGCUGCGUCACGUACCACGAAUUCUCCUACCACCCGACGAGCGAGGCCGAGGGCGGCAGCGUCGAGUUGGGCGUGCUGGCCAAGAAGGAGGCGCUGCAGCGCGAGGAGCCGCUCUACGAUCUGGGCAUCGCCGGCGAGGUCGAGCCGGACGGCGUGCACCUGCAGGUUACGGUGGUGGCGAGGGCGCGUCUGUUUGAUCAGGCGAGGGCGACGCAGCUGGUGGAGGCGGUAUGCGAGGCGUUUGAGAUGUUGAAUGCAUCCUUGUGA